AAUAUCGUGUUGGUUGUCUCGUCUCUGGAAGACUUCUGAUGGCCCUCCCGUCAUUCUUUCCCGACUUGCUAGCCGACGGAAUUGCCUAGCAACAUCGGCUGAUCACGACUUUGCCUAUCUAGGGCCAGUGCAUGGGUUGAACAUCACUCAUCAUGGCCAACACCACCGCUGAAAAGGUCAGCAAUUUGCUCGGACCUGCUCCGGCUGAUGAUGAGCAUAGCACAACCGAUCAUGAGGAGCAAAAGUGCCGCUCUUGCGCGUCUCAGGCGUAUCCCUGCGAUGGGGCAAAGCCAUGUCGGACAUGCGUUGGAAGGAAUCUAUAUUGCUCCUACCUCCAGUUCGAUGGAAUGACCAUCGAUGUCUAUAUCCCGAAAAGGAAGCAAGGCGAGAUAGGCUACGUCCCCAUUUCGGAACAAGGAGACUGUCUUCGAUGCCUAUCAGAACUUCCCAAAAGAAGGGGAGGACGGCCCUGUUCUCUCCCCGGAAACGGACCGUGUCAAAACUGCCAGGAAAACACGUUCAGAGCUCUCAAGCGGACGUUGAGGCAUUACAACCAUUGGUGCAUCGUGUACCUAGCUGGAGGGCACGUUCGGAAGCAUCUACUUUCCUCUUCUACCGAGGGGAGAAGGAGCAAUUUCUGUCCAGCUCGACGGCUUCUUGAACAACAACUCCCUAUGCUCGAGAGCAUUCCUGAGCAGCUUGAGGAUAUUGGGGCUGGUGUAACGGACCGUUCCGUCAAGAAGCAGCCCAUAGAGGGAAAAUGCAAAACCUGUGCGUCACAGAGACGCCACUGUGACGGCGAGAAACCUUGUGGGACGUGUACCAAACUGGGAAGAAGAUGUGUCCAGCAGGGAACAACGUCGGGUACUGUCAAAGGUGUCCCACUCGACCAAAAGUGUCAUAGAUGCCGCAAUCGGGAACGUGCUUGUGACGGCAAGACACCUUGCAACACAUGCAUCGCAUCGUCGACGGAACUUCGAGUCCCUUGCAGACCGCAGGGACCAGAUUCUGUACCACCAAGACAGCGGAACAGAAGGCGUGAAACGAAAGCCAGGAGGGGGAAUGAACAUCAGAGAGGAAAAUUGGGGGAGGACUGCACUACGGAGCGUCAGCAGGUCUAACCAACAUCCUAUCUAUGUAUGUAUCUAUUUCCUUCAUUCACCAAUCCCACAACACAAAUGUUGAGAAGGAAGUAUCUGGAUUAGUCAAGUCCGCAUCGU